AUGACAGAAAAUCUACGACGGGUGGAGAAGCAAGACGAGGCAUCCAAACCAAUGUUCGAGACUGCAUUAAAGAGAGCAGUUACUGCUGCUAUUUUAGCAGGUGUCCCACAUGCUACCUCGAGUGACGAUAUAUAUGAUGGUUACUUCAUCCCAAAAGGAGCGACUGUGAUAUGCAACGCAUGGGGCAUUGCACGAGAUGAAAAGCGGUACCCCGACCCGUCUCGUUUUAUGCCAGAGAGAUUCAUGGACGUCAGCGGGGCAUUGACGGAUGAUGACCCUGCGUAA